CAUCGUCAGUCAGUCCUAACUCUCUCCAAUCGACGCCCGUGUGCCACGCGCGCUCCCCGCGACACGUAAAUUUUUAAUUCCCGCUCGAUCCAACGGCUAAAAACUAAAUUAACGUUCCAAAUUCAAACUAAUGAUAGUGUUGUGCCAGUGUGACGGUAUUAGCGUAAAAUUCAACCGCAUUUUAGCCGUUAUAGCCUUACCAAUGGAUGGUAAAGUGUGUUAUCGCUUUCGUUUUGUUCAGGAAGUGUGCUAAGUUUUUUGAAGUGUACGCGUGUAGGUGCCUCAGGGCGUGCGUCCUGAAAUUUAUUCGUUGGAAAGAAGCGGCAUGGCAUGAGCGGUGGGGUGGGCGCGACAUGCGGCGCGCGCCGCUCGCGCAGCCCGCCCUCGUCGCUCUCGCGUUCUCGCUGCUGCUGCGUCUUGCCAACGCCGGUUCAAUGGGCCCAGGAGUACCAGAAAACAUCACAGUGACCUUUCUAAACCCGACGACAGUGCGGGUGUCGUGGUCGACCACGGCGGACCUGGUGGAGAAGUAUGACGUCACGUACAAACCAUCUGACGCGAGUUACAGAGUCGUGUUGGAAGUGGCUGGCAAUUCUGAUGCGGUCAUAUUGAGCGGGCUGGAGGCCGACACACAGUACCAAGUCACUGUCGCCGCUCUCUGGGGCGGCCACAAGUAUCGAAGCAGGCCUAUUGUCUUCCGCACGCUGGAGCCGCCUAGGACGUCCCCUCAACAGGACGGGGGGGUCGGCACGGCCCGACCUUCUACGGGGCCACCUGACCCCUCGCCCACAUUCCCCACGAUACGGGGUGUAGAGAUCGGGAUAGUAGUCCUAGUACUGAUAGUAUGGAUCGGCGCCAUAGCUCUGUUCUUCAACCGCUGGGGCAAGAUUCGUAUGCUGCUUCCAUACCAACCCGACUACAAACAGGAGCAGCUGAAGGUAUGUAAUGUACCAGGGAGCAGUGCAUUAGCAGCAGCAGCUGCAGGUGGGACUUGCGGCGCACACUCAGCACCCUCCGCGUGUUCGCACAUGCGUUGGUCGCAUACGCACACACAGAGCUUGGAGUGUGAGGAGCGGUUAUUGGCGCGCUGUAACCGACCGCGUGUCAAUUCUGCUAUAUUCGUCUCUGCCGAGCCUACUGGUUUCGCCGCUUUCGACGCUGGCGAGUUCCUGAGGAGGCACGGCUCUCAAUCUAAAUUGUGUCGUAAAGCUAGGUCAGCGGACAACAUCCCAUUAACAACAAUGAGCGACUCAUCGGAGAGGCUCUGCAAAGUCAAACCGAGAGAGGAGACAAUCAAUGAAGAAGCCAGCAAAUCCGAUGACAGUGGUAGUGUUGAAACUGUCAAGCACUUCGGACUACCAAUCCUCUCAGUGUCUGGCCCCUCUCCCCCAGAUGAGGACUAUGAUCAGAUAGAUGAGUAUCUGUAGCAUUUCCAUACUAGUUUCCAGCUCAAAUAUGUGCUGGAAAAGAUGAGGCCACCGUGGCCCAGCCCCGCACAAAGUCCUUAAGCUGAGACUAGACUUUUGCACUAAAUUGCACUGUGGACUUCUUUAAAAACUAUUUAUAAGUCUUGUGAUACAAAUAGUGUGUGUCAUGUAUCUAGCUAAGUGAUGAGUGGUUAAAGCUAGACUCUUGAGCGUCACAACGAAGACUUUCGGCUGAAGUUCUAAUCUACUGUUACUUUAAAAGUGUGUCUUGUUGAGGGACCAUAGUCUAUAGAAUGGUGUGUUUAUUUCCCUAUAACAUUAAUAUUUUUAUAUUAAUACUAUCUCGUGUCUCUAUUGAGUGUUUAAAAUAAAUGAGAGUGGACGAGUAGAACUUUAACAUUCACUCUAUUAGUGUUUAAGAACAGCACAAUAACUUUAUUAAUAAUAUUUACAGUGCCACUUUUAACUUAAUUGAAUAUGCGAAGAGUAUGAGAUGUCUAUUAUGAAGUUCUUGUAAGCAAUUUUAUAUAAGUAUUGUUUAAAUGAACUGUAUAAUUCUAGCUAUUGUAUUAUAAUAAUCUGCAGUAAUUUAGAUGUCUCGUUGUGUAUUCUUUAUUUGCUAGUCUAUUGUGAGUGUAGUAUCUGUACUUUUAUACAUAUAACUUGUAGAUACGGUCCCACUAUAAUAAUAUUUGUGUAGUCUCUAUUAGAAGUAGCUUUAUGAAAAGAUACGAAGGUUGAACUUUGGUCCAAGAAAUGUAUUAUCUGCACAGGUGUUUUAGAGCGUAAGCGUAAACGGUAUAGAAUUUAUGGAAACAUCGGAGCGAGGAAAAGGUGUGUUGAAGGUUUAGGAACUAUUCCUAAAAUAUUAUGUAUAAAAUUUUAAUGUGCCGUGUAGUCUAGCCUUUGUAACUAGUUUGACUAGUUCGCCCACAUUUGUUUGAACCUCGCAAAGUUCAUAUUUUGAUUCCCUUGACUAUCCAAGUAUUUAAAGGAUCGUCAAUUGAUUCUAUUAAUUAUUUUAAUUUGUUGCUUUUGUAGAAAUAAAAGCAGAUCCAUUUUGUAACUUUAAAAUGUCUGCGAUGUUCAUUUGCAAUUUUCUAAUGUAAUGGAUUCGAACUGGUGUUUAGGGACCAGGUGGACAGGAAACGUCAACGUAGGCCUUAAAUUCAAGUGGAGAUAUUCUACUCCUACAAUUACCAUUUUUGUCAUUAACUAUGAUAUCUAUUUUAAAGCUAAGACUAUUGUUAUUCCCUCCACUAUUUAUAGAUUUAUCCUUCAAAUCAUGGAAAUUAGGUAGUUGAGUGUUGCACAUACCCUAGAUGAUAAUUCCUCAAAUAUGUAUAUCAAAUGACUUUGUGUAAUUAUUUUAUAAAAUAUCAAGGUAACAGUUAUAGAAGCAAGUAAGAAAUAUUGAUAAACUUCCAUUAUAUCAAUAUAAAGUAAUAUAAAUAAAAUCAUUCGUCAGUCGAGCUUAACAGAAGUAAAUUUUUUUGUUAGGUAUCGGCAAUUUUAAUUAGGAUAUUUAUCCAGGCCUAAAAAACUUCUUAAGAUGGGGAGAGUUUGAUUUGAUAAAGAACGCAAUUUUAUAACAAUUAUUCAUUCGUAAUAAAAUAUUAUGACAAAUGUACAAAAAAUCGAUCUUAUUGCUUGUUUCUAUGACUAAACCUAUGUUUUGAGUGAUAAUUUGAUUUUGACCUAUAAAUGCAUUGUGCUUAACCUUUUAGGCUAUAGUCAAGUUGAAACUUUUUUGCUCAUUUUUGUCAAGAAGCAAAAUAUUUAAAUGUAGAAGGAAGAGUGUCUUUUUUGGAAUAAUUAAGACAAAUAUACUUAUUAUCAACAUUACAAGCGUCUUUAGGCCUCAUAGGGAUGUGUAAGAAGAUAAUUUUGCAAACUAGUAUUUGCUUACGUAGGUACGGUCAAAGUUGUCUUGUGCCAAUAUUUUAUGAUUGUGUAUUUCAUUUUCAAAUCUAGCAUAGUAAAUCGUUUUGUAUUCGAAGUUUGAGUUUGUAAUAUAUCGAUUUAGUUGUAUAACCUUGAAAUACUAACCUCCAGACAACGUUAGUCAUAAUAUUAGAAUUUUCGUGUCAUAUUAUAAUAAUUGUGACUUUCUUUAUAAAAUGCGUUUGAAAAGGAAGAAAGUAUUUUAGUAAUAUAUCUCCAAUUGUAUUUUCACCGUCACAAAAUCGUUUUAUAAUUAGAGUAGCUUUUACAUGAGUAUCUGAAUAGUUCUUUCGUAUUAUAGUCUAUUAUGAAGUGUACAUAUCUAUACAGAACACGAUAUUAUAUUAAUGCUCAUAAUUUUAAUGUAAAAUUAUAAAAAGUCUAUUAAGUA